GAGGCACAACCCAAGAGAGUAUUUCAACCCGACAUUCAUACCGGACCAUGUCGUAUUGAAAAGCACGAACCGUACCUCUUUCUUCUUCGCCUUCUUCGUUCGAUCCUUCUCCCUUUCGAUCCUCGAUUUCCCUGUAAUUAUUUUUCCUAAUUCUUCAAUCGAGUCCCUGUUUCGUUCAAUUCCCGUUUUCUUCUUCCGUUUGAUCCCAAAAUCGUUCCCUUUUCAUAACCUUCGUCGUUUUUUAGGGUUAGGGUUUCGAUUCGGUCUUUCAGGGUCAUAAGAUCGUCGUUUUUUUGUUCUGUUACCUCCAAAACUCCUGGUUUUGGUUCUUAUUCGCUUGAUAUUUCGUCCCAAUCUGGCAAAAUUUCAGGACGCGCUUACGAUUCUAGGGUUUCGUUCCGGUCGAAUUUUAGGGCUUUUUGAUCUUUGAAUUUCUGGAGGGGUUUUCUGUAAAUUUCUUGAGGGGUAUGAUUCCUUCCUAUACCUGACAAAAUUCUAGCGGUCGUAUUGUUUUUAAUUUAUUGAUUUCUGGGGUGACUCAAGAAUCAAGGGUUAGGGUUUGACAUACAAUUCGGUAUUAUUCUAAUUAGGGAAAUUCAAUUGGGGUUACGCUCUUUGGCGACGAGGAACAGCCUUUGCUGUUUCAUUCUGUAUCCAAUUCUCUUCAAUUAGAAUUUUGAUUUUAGUUUGACCCUUAAUUGUUCCCAAGUGCUGUGUUUGGCGGGUUGUCUGAAGUUUGAAUUUUGAAAGAAUUGACAAGAAUCAGAAUGGGGUAUAAGAGAUGCCAUGAGGCUAAUGAAUUUGAGGAUCUUUCUUUGAACAAGGCAAAACGUUUUGAAUGCAACAAUGAACUGGUUUCAUUAGCUGAUAUUGUUACACCCAACAAGGCCUUUGCCCAGACUGUUAUUAAAGGUGAUGAUGAAGAUGGCUUUUACAAUAUUCAAUGGCAUGAUCCACUUGAAACAGAUGCUGCCAAGGAAUUUCCAUAUACUGGUGACAAGAAUGUUCAAACCAGUGGCCACUUCAGCUGCUAUUCUAGUGAGGAUGAUACUGGUUCUGGGGCAACAUCAUUAUCAUCUGCUUCCUCUUGUUGUUUGGAAUUUGAUAUUCCGCAGAAAGCAUUUGUUCCUUUCGAUGAUGACUAUUUGGCCUUUGGUUGCUCGCCUAGAAAAUCAGUUCCCAUUGGACCAAAUCAUCAAGCCACUGUUCCUGUUUGGAGGGGAAAAGUGAAUAAGAUGUCAGAGUUAGGCAUAUACAAUCAUGACAGUCCCUCCUCUGGCUUAGUAUCAGCUCAUACCAUUGAUGAAGAUGAAGAGAGACUCAUGGGGACUUCUGUGCUCUCAAUGGAUGAAUCUAGCUUUCAUUUGUUAAGUAGUAACGACAUUGGACAAGGCAGGACAGAGUGUAAUUGCAUGGAUCGCGGCUCCAUCAGAUGUGUUAGACAGCAUGUUAGGGAAGCACGUGAAAAUUUGAUGGAGACUCUUGGGGAGGAAAAAUUUGUGAACUUGGGCUUUUGUGACAUGGGAGAGGAUGUUUCACGGCAAUGGACUGAGGAGGAAGAAGACAUGUUUCAUGAGGUUGUCUACAGCAAUCCUGCAUCAUUGGGUAGAAACUUUUGGAAGCAUUUGUCAGUCACUUUCCCUUCUCAAACCAAUAAGGAAAUUGUCAGCUACUAUUUUAAUGUUUUUAUGCUGCGGAGGAGGGCUGCUCAGAACAGGUCCAGAUUUUUGGAUAUUGAUAGUGAUGAUGAUGAAUGUCAAACAAGAAAUCCUAGGAUUUUUGGUUUUGAAAAUUCAGAUGAUUCUGCCAUUGAGUCUCUUGGUGAUCAAGAUGUCCGCAUGGAAAACCAAGAUAAUUCUGAUGAUGAUGAUGACAAUAACAGUGAUGAUGGAACUGAAGAUAAUGUUCAUGGAAGUGAUAUGGGAAACACCACUGAGAUAGAGGGUGAGAUUGAUGAAAGUCCAUCAAAUUUGCAAGUGAACUCACAGAUUGAGCCUUGGAGUAAUCCUGAUGAGCAUGUCAAUGGGACUCCAGGGAUCCUGAACUACAAUAUUGCUGUCGGGGAUGACUCCUGUAUGUCUUUCGAAUGUGAUGCCAAUAUGGAUGUGUCUUGCCAUUCUCAUGGUUUAGGAGAUGCUAGUUCUGCUUUGCAAGCUAGGGGAUUUAAAUGUGAUCAGAGUCCACAUAUGAAGGAAAAACUUGAUUUGUCCAGCAAUGAGAUGGAUCAUGUUUAUUUGUUGGAGCCCUGUGUUGCUAAAGAUUGGUGGUAUCCUGGGUACUCAACAUGUCCGACUCCAAGUACAGAUUUAGACUUCUUACCUACCUCCAAUUUGAUUGAAGAGUUUUUUGGUCAUGGUACUCGGGAUAAAGAGACCUGAAGUGACUGAGGUAUUAACUCAUGAAGUAUUUUUGGCACCAGCAUGGCAGAUUUAAGUUAAUUGAGGGUGCCAAUCCUGGUUUUAGAAAGUUCCAGUCAUGGACGUGUUAUUUGAGUACCAAGAAGGAGCUACUUAAUAGUGGUGGAGGUUAGGUGUAAAAUACAAAUAUCCAAGGUUGGAAUGGAAAAGCCUUCUAUUCUUUAUUUCUUUGUUUUAUUUUUUUUCUUUUAUGCCAGAAAGGAGAGGGUGAGGAUAGAGGUACAUUUGAUGUUAAUUUGUAUAUACUUCGUGUUUAUCUCACCGUUUCCUAAAAAAAAAUGGGUUCUUCCCGUUACUGUUCAUUUUACUACCUCACAAUUUGUAUGAUAUAAUGUAAAAAGCCUGUUUGAAUUUGAAUAUUGUCUCGUAUUCUCAUAAAUUUUUUGUCCUA